AUGUGUUCUAUUCAUUCGUUCACAUCAAAUCAAAUCGAGAAAUUACGUGAAUCUCUUUUACUUUGGUAUGACAGAUCCAAACGUGAUUUGCCGUGGCGUCGAAUGGCCUUGAAUCCGGAUCCCAAUUUACGCGGUUACGCUGUCUGGGUAUCGGAAGUUAUGCUUCAACAGACUCAAGUAAAAACAGUUAUUGAUUAUUAUGAUCGAUGGAUGAAAAAAUGGCCUAGUGUUGAUCAACUAGCCUCGGCUUCGUUAGACGAUGUCAAUUCUCUAUGGUCUGGAUUAGGUUAUUAUUCCAGAGCUCGCCUACUACAUAAAGGAGCGAAAAAGAUUGUCAAUGAAUUUAAUAGUAUUUUCCCUCAAUCUGCCGAGGUUUUAAAGCAUUCGAUACCUGGUGUUGGACGUUAUACAGCUGGAGCAAUUGCAAGUAUUGCGUUUAAUCAGUGUACUCCUGUUUUGGAUGGAAAUGUAAUUCGUGUUCUAACACGUUUACGUCAAAUUGGUUCUCCUGUACAAUUACCUACUUCUAUGGAAUAUUUAUGGAAUUUGGCAACUAAGCUAGUCGAUCCUAAUCGACCUGGAGAUUUUAAUCAAGCUUUAAUGGAAUUAGGUGCAGUUUGUUGUACACCGAAAAACCCUGAUUGUAUGAAAUGUCCACUUAAUAAAGUUGGUUUAUGUGAAUCAUAUAAACAGGCUAAUGCAAGCAAAAGUGAUUACAUUUCAACUGAUCUUGAAGAUUGUCAUUUGUGUAUUAAUAGUAGUGUUUAUCAAAAAAGUCUUGGAGUAAUGAAUUAUCCUGUGAAACUUAGCAAACGUGAACCUCGUAAACAAAAUACAGUUAUUCUAAUCACACAUACUUCGAGAAAAGAGAAUGAAGCACUAAAAAAUUACUACCUGCUUUUACAACGACCUAAAACAGGUCUUUUGGCUGGUUUAUGGGAAUUUCCAAGUUCUACAUAUUUCUCCCAUAUACACAUGACGUAUAUUGUAUUCGAGUUGAAAGUUGAACAACAACAACAACAACAACAAAAAACGAUUCCUUCUGAGUGUUUAAACAAUUCUAAUACCACUACUGCUACUUGUGAUUGGCCGCCUAGUUUAAAUUCCGGUCGAUGGGUUAGUCGUGAAGAUUUAAACGACUCGGCUAUAUCCACUGCUACUAGAAAGGUAUUUGCUCAUUUUGAAAACUCCAAAUCAUCACAUUCUGAAGUUGAUAGAAAUCAACGAAAAAUCAAAAGAAUCUCUACAAACAAACAAUUAUUGAAUUCUAAACAAUCAAAAUUAGAUCAUUUCUUUCAUUAG